AGACGAGUACUAUCGGGGACACGGCCGUGAUUCACUCGCUUACAGUCGCAUAUGUUCCGGUCAUGUGACUUGCGCCGUCGAAAAUGACCGCUGGACGCAGCCAGCAGAAUGCAGCAGUGGUCUUGUUGUUCAUUCAUUUCUGUUUCUCUGGUGGUUAUCAACUGACUGGGUUACAGGUGGGCCUGUGCCAUCUCUGCAACGGGACAGUCCAGAACGGCACAGCUGUGAGCCAGUUCUGUUCCGCGUCUGCGGGUUUGAUUGAUGGCCGCUGCUGCCUGCUGCGAAAAGAAAACGUCAGGGAUGCUGAACACGUCAUCGGGUUGGACCUAUCAAACUGUUCCCUAAGCCGUGUUGAAGACCUUCGAGAUGCAUUUAACGCUACAACAAUAGAUCUCUCACUGAACCCCAUUGUAAACCUGGACGAUUCACUGUUUGAAGGCUUUAUCCAGUUAGCUAACCUGAUUCUGCCUGCCAACCUGGUCUGUCCAGGAGGCAAUGCAUCAUGGGAUAAGGUGAAGGUCAAAGGGGAAACUCAUUUUUGUGAAGGACAGAAAGACAUCUGUAACCAGACUGAUUAUUUGUCGUUGAACUGCCCUGAGAACUCUCUCUGUGUACCAUACGGUCCAGGCUUCUUUCAAUGUAGCUGCGUGGAGGACUUCCGUGGAUACAAGUGUCUUCGAGAGGGAGAGUUUCCUAUAAUCCAGGUGUUCGGGCCUCUAGCGGGCUCCACGGUCCUGGUCUCCAUCCUGCUAUGGGUCACCCAAAGACGCAAGGCCAUAUCAGUCUGAGGUUGUACCCGAGCCCCUGGACUGAGGCCUAGUCCUAGGACAUUUUCAAGUGGGACUGACCUGAAACAGCAGGGGAAAUGCUGAGUGGACUGUUGAUUGAAAUGGUCUCAGGGGUUAAUGUUAUAAUGCUGACAGUGGACUGUUGAUAGAGGAGAUGGUCUCUGGGGUUAAUGUUAUAAUGCUGACAGUGGACUGUUGAUAGAGGGGAUGGUCUCAGGGGUUAAUGUUAUAAUGCCGACAGUGGACUGUUGAUAGAGGGGAUGGUCUCUGGGGUUAAUGUUAUAAUGCCGACAGUGGACUGUUGAUAGAGGAGAUGGUCUCAGGGGUUAAUGUAGUGGACUGUUGAUAGAGGAGAUGGUCUCUGGGGUUAAUGUUAUAAUGCCGACAGUGGACUGUUGAUAGAGGAGAUGGUCUCAGGGGUUAAUGUAGUGGACUGUUGAUAGAGGAGAUGGUCUCUGGGGUUAAUGUUAUAAUGCUGACAGUGGACUGUUGAUAGAGGAGAUGGUCUCUAGGCCCAUAUGACAUUGUUUUAAGACUUAUCUUUGAAAGGCACUCUGUCAGAAUUGACAGUGUUUUCGAUGCUCAGUGUGUAAUCGCCACAAAUUUUGCAAUUGUUGUACAGCUAGCAGCCAUUUAUCUCGAUCAACAUGGCAUUAUGUUCAACAUGAGCUGGAACUCAAUUUAUGUUCCAGUCAUGGUUUACUAAGACCAUAACUGAAGCAGGUAACGUCAUCUACUUUGCAUGUGAAUAAGUCAUUUGUAGUAGGAGCUAUAUAAUGUGCAAUAUAAAUUGCAAUAGCAACAAAAUAUUUUAAUUGUUUGGGAAAACUGACAAGAUUUCGACUUGAUAAAAUCCCAUUAUAGGGAGACAUGAGCAAAACACAUUGCUUGCAGACAGUACCGCUAAUGUUGACUUGUUCAUACAUGGUUACAGAUGAAUUGAUGUUUAUAAACUGAAAUGGGUUGCCUUUUUGUAUUUUACCUUUAAUUAAAGAUGUUAUACACGGA